AUGGGGGACUGGAAUCUGCUAGGAAGCAUCUUGGAAGAAGUCCAUAUUCACUCGACCAUAGUGGGGAAGAUCUGGCUGACCAUCCUUUUCAUAUUCAGGAUGCUUCUCCUUGGCGUGGCCGCUGAGGACGUUUGGGAUGAUGAGCAAAGUCAGUUCAUCUGCAACACAGAGCAGCCCGGCUGCAGUAACAUGUGCUACGACAAAGCGUUUCCGAUCUCACCGGUACGGUACUGGGUGCUUCAGAUCAUUUUCGUCUCUUCGCCAUCCCUGGUGUACAUGGGCCACGCUCUGUACCGCUUAAGGGCCCUUGAAAAGGAAAGGCGUAAGAAAAAGACCCAGCUGAAGAUCGAGCUGGAGGACACAGAUCCCAUUCAGGAGCAGCACAAACAGAUGGAGAGGGAGUUGAGAAAGUUGGAGGAACAGAAGAAAGUAAGCAAGGCACCUUUACGCGGAUCCUUACUGCGCACUUACGUUUUCCAUAUCUUAACUAGAUCGGCGGUGGAGCUGGGAUUUAUACUGGGCCAGUAUGUCCUUUAUGGAAUUGGACUGGAGCCCUUGUACAAAUGUGAAAGAACGCCUUGCCCGAACAGCGUGGACUGCUUCGUUUCUAGACCGACGGAGAAAACAAUAUUCAUGGUCUUUAUGUUAGCGAUUGCCGGUCUUUCCCUGUCUCUCAACAUCCUCGAAAUAUCUCACUUAGGGGUGAAAAAAAUUAGACGAAGUUUAUACGGGGACGGCUGCGCGGACGAUGACAGUAUCUGUAAACUGAAGAAAAACGCGAUGCAACAAGUCGGUGUUCUUACAAGCUCGUCUCCGCAAAACAUUGUACAAUUAACCACUUACCCAGGGCUGCCGUAUGGCCAGUGGGGGCCUCUUCCAGUGUACAUGCCUUCAUCUGGUCCCCCAGCAGAAAAUGAGUCGCUGAUGCCAGACAGCAGCGCCGGGGAUCGUGAUCAUGCGAAGAUCUUCGAUCAGCACCCCAGAGAGCAGCUACAGCAGCCUAGUCAAGGCGAGAUCCAAGCCCAGCGGAUGCUUGGCGCUUCAGAUCGCCGAAAUACUUUGGAAAACCGAGACCAGUCAUCCAGUAGCGGUGAUUCUAAUGGGGGAAAUGGACGCAGGACACAAGGUUAUCCAGGUCAGGGAGGAGCGCACCCCAAACGAGCAACUCACUCCAGCCACAUGGAGAUACCUGCAGCCGUCCGUAACACAGUGCGCAAACAGAGCCGUGUAAGCUGCUACAAGGACUUUGGAGAAGAUCGGAGUGUUUCUCCGGACAGCGGCCACUACCCAUCAACACGGAAGCCCAAUUUCAUGACCCGCGAACUGUCCGAGAGCAAGCUGGCCAGCGAACCUGCGAGCCCGGCUUCGGGCAGCGGCUCCGGGGCCGACCCCAAGCGCAUCUCGCAGGGGGAGAGUCCGCCUGCGACUCCGCCCCCGGCGAGUGGAAGGAGAAUGUCAAUGAGUAUGAUCCUGGAGCUAUCCUCCAUUAUGAAAAAAUGA